CGCUGCAAGUCGGAGAGCUGAGACUAACAACAAAAAUCUAAAUAUGAAAAUAAAAAUAUAAAAUGUAUGAGCUGUGUUUUUGAUCCCGGAGCAGAGACAGAGAGGAGCUCAGAGAGACAGCUGCAUGGCGGUGACCGUUUCCGCGGGAGGGCCGGCUCUCAUCAUGGAGAACGGACAGAGCACCACCACCAAGCUGGGCCUGCCGCCUCUCACCCCCAACCAGCAGGAGGCGCUGCAGAAGGCGAAGAAGUACUGCAUGGAGCAGAGCAUCAACAGUGUUCUCCUCAGACAGACGCAGCAGCUCAGCAGCCUGCAGAUGGCGUCUCUGUCCAUGGGUCUGGGCGACGCUCUGUCUCCUCUUCAGUCGGUGGCGGCCCAGCGUCAGAGAGCUCUGGCCAUCAUGUGCCGAGUCUAUGUCGGCUCCAUCUACUACGAGCUGGGAGAGGACACCAUCAGACAGGCCUUCGCUCCAUUUGGACCAAUCAAAAGCAUCGACAUGUCCUGGGACUCUGUCACCAUGAAACAUAAGGGUUUCGCCUUCGUAGAGUACGAGAUGCCUGAAGCGGCUCAGCUGGCUCUAGAACAGAUGAACUCCGUCGUUCUCGGAGGACGAAACAUAAAGGUCGGGAGGCCCAGUAACAUCGGCCAGGCUCAGCCAAUCAUUGACCAGCUGGCAGAGGAAGCACGUGCCUUUAACAGGAUCUACGUGGCGUCAGUUCACCCCGACCUCUCUGACGAUGACAUCAAGAGCGUCUUCGAGGCCUUUGGAAAGAUAAAGUCCUGCAUGCUGGCCCGAGAGCCGACCACCGGACGCCACAAAGGCUACGGCUUCAUCGAAUAUGAAAGGGCUCAGUCUGCUCAGGAUGCCGUCGCCUCCAUGAACCUGUUUGACCUGGGGGGUCAGUACCUGCGGGUGGGGAAGGCCGUGACUCCGCCCGUACCCCUCCUCACGCCCACAGCUCCUGGAGGGCUCCCUGCAGCUGCCGCAGUGGCUGCUGCUGCUGCCUCUGCCAAGAUCACUGCUCAGGAGUCAGUGGGAGCGUCGGUGCUCGGAGCUCUGGCUGCACCAGCGCUCCUCUCUCAGCAGCUGGGAGGACUUCCUCAGGCCGUCAUGGCUGCUCAGGCUCCAGGUGUCAUCACAGGUGUGACCCCGGCUCGACCCGGCGUGCCUCAGGUGGGUUUGGUGAACCCGGUGCUGGCCACGCCCCCGACCCUGGUGGCCUCCUUUGUCUCUGAGGGGAAGAGGACGGAAGAGGAGGGUCAGCAGGAGGCACAGAGGGAUGGCGCCGUGGAGCCACUCAGCGAGCAGGAGUACAUCAGCAUCAGCGGCAGCAGCGCCCGACACAUGGUGAUGAGGAAACUGCUCCGCAAGCAGGAGUCCACCGUGAUGGUCCUCAGGAACAUGGUCGGACCCGACGACAUCGACGACGACCUGGAGGGUGAGGUCACUGAGGAGUGUGGGAAGUUUGGGCGGGUGAGGCGUGUGGUCAUCUACCAGGAGCGCCAGGGUGAGGAGGAUGACGCCGAGGUCAUCGUGAAGAUCUUUGUGGAGUUUUCGGAGGCAGCGGAAAUGAACCGCGCCAUCCAGGCGCUCAACCAGCGCUGGUUUGGAGGACGCAAGGUGGUGGCGGAGGUUUACAACCAGGAACACUUUGACAACAGUGACCUGUCGGCGUAGAACACACACACAUAGAGCAUAGUGCAGGCGCCUCUUUCUAUUAAUGUUUGUCUGAGAUUUAAAGGACCACUCCGCUGUUUCUCAUGUUUCAGUUCCUGCUGAAUGUUUUUAUAUAUCACAGAUUUUAUACGUAACAGUGACUGUAGUCACUAACAUGCUAACGUCAGUGACGCUAACGUUAGCAGCCAAUGCUAAUUGUAUUUGUACUGUAGCUUGAAAUCCUGAUCCAAGUCAGACUCCAGUCACGACCUGAUCCAAGUCAGACUCCAGUCACGACCUGAUCCAAGUCAGACUCUAGUCACAUGACCUGAUCCAAGUCAGACUCCAGUCACGUGACCUGAUCCAAGUUAGACUCUAGUCACAUGACCUGAUCCAAGUCAGACUCCAGUCACGUGACCUGAUCCAAGUUAGACUCCAGUCACAUGACCUGAUCCGAGUCAAUCCAAGUCAGACUCCAGUCACGUGACCUGAUCCAAGUUAGACUCCAGUCACAUGACCUGAUCCGAGUCAAUCCAAGUCAGACUCCAGUCACGUGACCUGAUCCAAGUUAGACUCUAGUCACAUGACCUGAUCCGAGUCAAUCCAAGUCAGACUCCAGUCACGUGACCUGAUCCAAGUUAGACUCCAGUCACAUGACCUGAUCCGAGUCAAUCCAAGUCAGAGUCCAGUCACGUGACCUGAUCCAAGUCAGACUCCAGUCACGACCUGAUCCAAGUCAGACUCUAGUCACAUGACCUGAUCCAAGUCAGACUCCAGUCACGUGACCUGAUCCAAGUUAGACUCCAGUCACAUGACCUGAUCCGAGUCAAUCCAAGUCAGACUCCAGUCACGUGACCUGAUCCAAGUCAGACUCCAGUCACGUGA